AUUGUGAAGAUAGAAAUGGCAAGAUGAGAAACAGGAAAAUCUGGAAAAGAAGCAGGGAAAAUGAAUAAGUUCCGUUUUGGACAUUCCGUUCAGAAUGACAGUUUGUGCUGUUGAGACUAGUCAUAGAGAUGAUAAUUUAACCCAAGGGAGUUGUUGAAAUAACCAAGUGAAAGAGCUCAUGGAGAGAAGAGAAGGUCCAGGACGGAGUCUUUGAAAAUAACCAUAGUUAAAGGGUAAUUAUAAGUCAUGUCCCGGCAAAGGAGACUGAGGUGGAGUUGUGACACAGAGUUACAGCCUUCUAAACAAAUUAAUUAUGUACAACUAGAAAAAUUGUGUGAAAUCAAAGGACUUAAAGCUGGAAUAGGUGCUCAGAGCACUAAAGAAGCCCAUGAAACCUUCAUGAAACAUUAUAAAAAAAUAUUUCAAAAAGAAAAGAGAAUCUUACCCUACAUUCCAGCACCUUCAACAGGCAAAAUAUCACCCCUCAUCAGUUUUUCAUUUGCUUCCAUGGUUGAUGAACUUCACGAUAUUAGCCUUUAUAUGAGAAACAUUCAUGGAGAAACAGAUAUAGAGCUUGCACUGAAGUUCAAGGACAAAGUGGAAGAAUUCAUUGAAAUCUUGAAGAAAUUCCCUAUUCACAGGAAUGUUGCAGAACGCCACUUUAUAUAUAAGAUGAUGAAAACUAUUCCUGAUUUAACUUCCCAACUGACCCAUGAAGAUUUCAAGGCACUUAGUCGAACUAUCACUGUUGAAACCUGGCUGAAAGGCACCACGGUACUUGCUCAUGAAAGUUUUUAUGUCAUAUUGAAAGGCUCUGUCCGACCACGGUGCAAAAUAUACAAAAAAAUGAUUGAUGUAGUACCUACAAAUUUUUUCAGUGAUAUAACCACAGAACUAUCAUCUGAUGAUGAUUUUUUCCAGGACAAUCCAUUGACAGGAUAUCGUUCUCUUAUCAAUCCACACUACAUAAUAAUAUAA